AUGACAGCAGUUGCCGUCAACCGUCUGAAGCGGGUGUUCCGGUUGCCCGGGGCAGUGAAGCUACGUCCACCAUCGGUAGAGGAGAAAGCUUCGAUUUUGCCGCUAAAACGCCUCCAGCCGGACUCUGGCGAUGAGGAGGAAGUGGAAGUAACGGGGGCCCGAGAGCAACCCAAGAAGUCGAGGCAGGCUCCGCCCGGGGCUGUUGCGGAUGUGGCAGAAGAGAGGGACUUGGGGAAGACACAGGAGAAGUUGGCUGAUGUCGAGCAACGUCUGGCAAAGGCCGACUGCGAUGCGGCGGAUGCCAGGGGCAAGCCGAACUUUGCCAUUGAGCGGCACCUGGACCAGAAUGAGCGGUACGCCAAGCUGGAGCAGGAUAUGUCUCUGGUACAGGACCGGGUGACCGCGAAGGAGAAGAAAAUUGAGAUCCUUCAGCGGGAGUCCGCCGCUAAACAAGCUGAGAUCAAGCGGCUGGAAGGUGAGGUCGCUCGCCUGGAGGCUGAGGGAAGCCGUGCUGCGGCUGCCGCUAAGGGCGCCAUUGACUCGGCGAAAGCGGCAAUGCCAGUCGUGCAGCCAAGGAAAGAAGCGCCGCCGACAACAAGUACCGCUCCCCCUGCCGCAUCUGGUCCCGGAGUCCUUUCGGGUAGCGGGGAGAGUGGCGAGCCUCCAGAAGGUGACUCCCAGCGGAUGCCUACGCAAUCCGAGGAGUCCCGCGCCGGGUUCUUGGCGGCCCACACCCGGGCGGAUGGCACGAUAGAGACUCCCAGCCCCACGGCCCGAGGGUCCGAUCAGACGAGCCGCUCCCAUCCUCCGCAGGCCACCGGUGGAACUGUUGAAGGUAGCGGGGUCGACCCAACCAACCCUGCUGAUCCCGCCAAUCCCGUCAACCCCUAA